AUGGCAAUAGACGUCAAGAACACAAUCGCUCAAUGGCGUCAAGAAAUCGUCAUGACUUUGAAGGAGUCAACGAAAUCGGCCCGCAUUCUUUGCGUUCUUCUUGUUUUCUUCUAUGCUCUCAGUGGUUACAUCCUGGGCGGGCUCGCGAUCACUCCCGGCUAUCUCUUCCCACCGAAAUUUUGGGUUUGGACGUUGAUCACAAGCCCGAUGAUCGAGAACACAUUUCUGAUGGGACCUGCCCUCAUUUUUAGCUGUUGUAAGCGCGAUGUCAGGCUUUUGAGCGCCAUUGUCUACCUCGUCUGCUACGCCGUUGUUUUCAAUGACGACUUGCUCUUUGCUACGAGUAUUCAUGGACUUGCCAGCUUCAAGGCUGGCGUUUUCGUAGCGCUCAAGCAAUCCCGAGGAGAAGACACCGUCAUUUUCAGACUCAAAGUCAAACAAAUCCCGUUCACUUAUUUGUGCUGUGCUGCUGUUCUCUGCAUGACGGAAAUCAUUUCUUUUUCGUACUUCGUCAUGCUCAACACUGGCAUGUUCUCAGCCUGGAUUUAUUUGCGAUUCUUCCAGCAGCACUCCCGCGGCAGAGGUGACCUAGCUGAUCACUUCGCUUUUGCUACGUUUUAUCCUAAGAUUUUCCGCGGUCCGGUUGGAUUCCUGUCAAACAUUAUUUGGAACAUUUUGGUAAAACUUCGAAUUUGCCAGAGAGCCACUUAUAAAUAUGACGUUGCUGCUGCAUCCAACAUUACCAUCAGUCUUCCUGGAACAAGCGAGGCAGAUGCAGAGAGGCGUCGGAAAAAGGCUCUUGCUGCUCUUCAGGAAAGAAUGGCAACGAUUGAGUCUCCGGAGGAAGGAUGGUCGGACGAGGAGGAAACUCCUAAAGCGCCAGAGAAAGCGGAAGCAUCGGUAAAGAUCGAGAACGAAGUUGCAGACCCAGUUGCUUAA